GCUGCCGGGCCCGGCUGGACACGCUGGGAGACCACCUAGCCGCGUGCCCACGCACGGGGCUUCUCGCCAGACGCGCGAAACCGCUCGAACGAGCUUGGGCGAGGGUCGCCAGAGAAGCAGGAGGGAGACUUGUCCCCCAACAGCUGCUGCGGGACACUAACGCCGUUGUCCACAACCCGCUGGACCGCAGACAAUUAGACCUAGUCGUCUACGGCAUCUCGCCGAACGGCGUCCCGCUGUGCUGCGACAGCACCAUGGUGUCCCCCCUCCGCAGGGACGGCUGGCACCGGCCGCGCACCUUCGACACCGACGGCGCCGCGCUACUUGGGGCCGAAAGGCGCAAACGACGCAGGUACCACGAACUCACGACCGGCCAUUCAGGCCGCCUCUUGGUCCUCUCCUGCGAGGUCGGAGGCAGGUGGGGCCGCGAUUCCCUCCAGCUGGUACGCCUGCUUGCCAAGCAGAAGGCGCGGGCCGCGCCGGCCCUCCUCCGCCGCUCCGCGGAGCUCGCGUACACCAACCGCUGGAGGGGGUUCCUGAGCGUCGCGGCCCAGGACUCGCUCAUGGCCACCCUGACGGGCGACGGCUACCUAGCCUUGGGGGGAGCCGCCGGGGAGGACGACCCAGACCUGGCCGAAGUGCUGCUCGCAGACUCCGCCGGCCCACCCGCUAGCCGCCUGCCAGCGCGCCCCUGA